AUGGCGCAUGGCAGGCGGUUUACUGCAGAGCAGGUGUACGCCAUGAUUUGUUUAGACACUGAGUCUGCAAGUGAAGGUGACAUGAAUUUUAUUGCAUCAUCAUCUUCAAAUGAAUCUGAUGAACCCCCAAGAAGGCGCCAAAGGGUUGAUGAUCAGUCAAGUGCACCUAUUUGGGCACCCCCAGAUAACUAUGUGGCCCAGGUACCCAACUUUACUGCUGAUGCGGGUACACAUGUUAAUACGACUGGGUUUAGAGAAAUUGAUUUUUUCAAGCUUUUCUUUACUGAUAAUUUAAUUUCAUUGAUGGUUGUGCAAACCAAUUUGUACGCAAACCAAUUUAUUGCCAUGAAUCCUACAACAUUUCAUGCCCCGAAAUGGACCCCUACCGACGCUGGGGAGAUGCGUACAUUUUGGGGCAUUGUAUUAAGUAUGGGCCUGGUAAAAAAACCAUCUAUAAGAGCAUACUGGAGUACAGACAUACUUUACCACAAUCCAAUGUAUCGUGCAGCCAUGUCUAGAAUGAGAUUUGAAGCCAUAAUGAAAUUUAUACACUACAAUGAUAAUACCAGAUGCCCACCCCAAGAUGAUCCCAAUUUUGAUAGAUUGUAUAAAUUAAGGCCCAUAAUCACCCAUUUCAAUUCUAUGUUUGCAGAACUAUAUACCCCUGAUAAACAUAUUGUUGUUGACGAAUCCCUAGUGAACUUCAAAGGAAGGCUGCAUUUUCAACAGUACUUGCCAAACAAGAGGGCAAGAUAUGGCAUCAAGCUGUAUACAUUGUGUGAAAGUGAAACUGGCUACACACAUCGCUUUAAAAUAUAUGAGGGGAAGGAUUCUAAAAUAGAACCCCCAGAAUGUCCCCCUACCCUUGGAAUAAGCGGAAAAAUUGUAUGGGAUUUGGUUCACCCAUUGCUGGAUCAAGGAUACCACCUGUACCUUGACAACUUUUAUUCCAAUAUAUCACUUUUUAAGUGCCUUGCUAACAGAAGUACGGUGGCAUGUGGCACAAUAAGAAAGAACCAAAAAGGCCUCCCAAAAACGCUGCUGGGGCAAAUGCUUAGGGUGGGAGAGAGCAGAGCACUUUGUAACGAAAAUAUAUUGUGUGUUAAAUAUAAAGACAAAAGAGAUGUACUUAUGUUAACCACAAUACAUUGUGACAUCAGCACCCUUGUGCCUGUUAGAGGUACUGGCACUGAAACCCCUAAACCAGUGUGCAUUCAAGAAUAUAAUAAAUUUAUGGGUGGGGUAGACCUGUCAGACCAGGUACUCAAACCCUACAGUGCCAUGCGAAAAUCCAGGAUAUGGUAUAAAAAACUUGUGGUGCACGUUACACAGGUUGCAUUAUAUAAUGCAUUUGUGCUUUACAGAAAUGCUGGCCAAGAGGGAACUUUUCUUGAAUUUCUAGAAAAUGUAAUAAAGGCCCUCAUAUAUUGGGACCGGGAGGAGGCAGGCCCCAGUACCACUUCUACAUGUGCGGCAACAAGGAUAGUGCCAGGACAGCACUUCCCCAGUGAAAUUUCUCCCACUGCUAAAAAGAGCAAGCCGCUAAAACGUUGCCGUGUGUGUUACAAAAAUGGUAUUAGAAAGGAAACCAGCUAUCAAUGUGAAACAUGUCCAUCAAAACCUGGCCUUUGUAUGAAAAGAUGCUUCAAAAUUUACCAUACUACUUUUGAUGUAUAA